UGUGUUUGUUGUUUCUUAUGGAUGCGUUAGGUCCAGAUGUGUUUCUGAUCUCUGUGGACGAGAGAGCCAAACAUGACCAGCAGUUUCACAGCCUCUCUCCGACUGCUGGGGGUUUCAUCACAGGUGACCAGGCCAGGAACUUUUUUCUCCAAUCAGGGCUUCCCCCGCCCGUCCUCGCCCAAAUAUGGGCUCUGGCUGACAUGAACAGCGAUGGCCGAAUGGAUAUCCACGAGUUCUCAAUCGCAAUGAAGCUCAUCAAGCUGAAGCUACAGGGUCACCCUCUGCCCCCAUCGCUUCCUCCCAGUAUGAAACAACCCCCGCUACCUUUACCCCCACAGACUGGUUUUGGCAUGCCUCCCAUGGCACCCAUCGCUACUCCUCUGCCCGGCGUGCCCCCGCUCCCCUUGCCUCCUCUUCCCGUCGGGGUUUCGCCCCCACUCGUCUCGUCCGCGCCGCCACCCCUCCCACAGCCCAUUGCCAACGGAGCUCCUCCCACGGGCAUAAUACAGCCUAUCUCAGGCUUCUCCCACCCAGCUCCCUCUGUCAACAAGUCCUCUUCGUUUAAUCGGGCCAGUACCAAGCUGCAGAAGGGCUCGUCCUUUGAUGCUGCUGGCGCUCAGCCCCCUGCUGACUGGGCAGUUCCUCAGUCCUCCAGGCUGAAGUACAGACAGCUUUUUAACUCCCACGACAAGAUGAUGAGUGGACACCUCACUGGUCCCCAGGCUCGCACAAUCCUGAUGCAGUCCAGUCUUCCUCAGACCCAGCUUGCCACGAUAUGGAGUCUUUCAGAUAUCGACCAGGAUGGAAAGCUGACAGCUGAGGAGUUUAUCUUGGCUAUGCACCUCAUAGAUAUGGCUAUGUCAGGGUUACCGCUGCCCCCUGUGUUACCUCCAGAUUACCUCCCACCAUCGUUCAGGCGUGUGCGCAGCGACAGCGUUCAGUCGGACCAGAAAAGCGUCCAGGAGGAGACGGAGGAGGAAACGGAGAGCAGCCAGGAGAAGAAAUUACCAGUGACGUUUGAGGAUAAGAAGAGGGAAAACUUUGAGCGAGGGAAUCUGGAGUUGGAGAAAAGACGUCAGGCCCUGCAGGAGCAGCAGAGGAAAGAGCAGGAGAGGCUGGCUGCCCUGGAGAGGGAGGAGCAGGAGAGAAAGGAGCGUGAGCGUCUGGAGCACGAGAGGAGACGGCAACAGGAACUAGAAAAACAGCUGGAGAAGCAGAGAGAGCUGGAGAGGCAGAGAGAAGAAGAGAGGCGCAAAGAGAUAGAGAGGAGAGAGGCCGCUAAGAGAGAGUUAGAGCGCCAGCGUCAGCUGGAGUGGGAGCGUCAGCGGCGGCAGGAGCUUCUGACUCAGAGAAACCGAGAGCAGGAGAGCAUAGUUCUGCUCAAAGCCAGGAAGAAGACGCUGGAGUUUGAGCUGGAGGCUCUGAAUGACAAGAAGAGCCAGUUGGAGGGUAAACUGAAGGAUGUUCGGUUUCGUCUGUCGAAUCAGAGGAAAGAGGUGGAGCAGACGAACCAGACCCGAGAGACGCGCAUCACUGAAAUCACGCUUUUGCAACAGCAGCUGCAGGACUCCCAGCAGUGGUUGGGGAGGCUCAUUCCUGAUAAGCAGAGUCUGAACGAGCAGCUGAAACAGGUUCAGCAGAACAGUCUGCACCGUGAUAGUCUGUCGUCCCUGCAGAAGGCCGUCGAGCAGAAAGAGAUGAGCAGACAGCAGCUCAGAGAGCAGCUUGAUGCUGUGGAGAAAGAGACGAGGGCCAAGCUGCUGGAGAUAGACGCUUUCAACACUCAGCUGAAGUCUCUGUGUGAGUUCUAUGCCAACCACUGUGCCAGGAUAGAUGCCCUGCGACGCCAGCUUCAGGAGGAACAGAGAGGGAGACAGGUAGAGCACACUGCCACUGCUGGACUGGGGUGGUACUGCAGAGAGCCUCUAACGAGGAGGAGUGCACCACUCGCUACUGAUCCCGGCUCUGUAGAUGCACUGAUGAAGCAGCAGGACAUGACUGACAAAGGCUUUAAUAAGCAGCAGCAGCCGGUGAAGGUGGUGUACUACAGGGCUCUGUAUCCGUUCGACGCUCGUAGCCACGAUGAGAUCAGUAUCACUCCCGGAGAUGUUAUUAUGGUGAAGGGGGAAUGGGUAAGUUCUUGCCCCCCCCACCCGCCCAGUGAUGUGCCUCCACCAAUCACAAGCCAGAAACGCUUUCAUCUCACGUCGCCUCCAUGUUCAUUCAUUUUCACCAAAGACUGUGAAACAGGAGCAUCGGAAAGCCCGCCCAAUGGAAAACGCCCCUCCCCCUCCCCGACAAAGCCUUCAGAGUCGGGUGAAGAAUACGUGGCCAUGUACACCUACGAGAGCAAUGAACAGGGGGACCUGAGUUUCCAGCAAGGGGACAUCGUCGUGGUGACGAGGAAAGAAGGCGAUUGGUGGACGGGGAUGGUCGGAGGAAAGACCGGAGUCUUUCCAUCCAACUACGUCAAACCACGGGACUCCACGUCAGAGUCACUGGGAACAGCAGGGAAGACGGGAAGCCUUGGGAAGAAACCAGAGAUCGCUCAGGUGAUCGCCCCCUACAAUGCUACAGGAGCAGAGCAGCUGACUUUAGCCCCAGGACAGCUCAUCCUCAUCAGGAAGAAGAACCCAGGGGGCUGGUGGGAGGGCGAGCUCCAGGCUCGAGGGAAAAAGCGCCAGAUUGGUUGGUUUCCAGCCAAUUAUGUGAAGUUGCUGAGUCCCAGCACCAGCAAGACGACGCCCACAGAGCCCACACCUCCUAAACUGGCCCCUGCCAGCACAGCUCUGUGUCAGGUGAUCGGCAUGUACGACUACGUGGCGCAGAACGACGACGAGCUGGCCUUCCAGAAGGGUCAGGUGAUCACAGUGCUCAACAAAGACGACUGUGAUUGGUGGAAAGGAGAGCUCAAUGGGAGGGAGGGUCUGUUUCCUAGCAACUACGUCAAACUCACCACAGAUACUGACCCGAGCACGCAGUGGUGCGCUGACCUGCAUCUGCUGGACAUGCUGAGCCCCAUGGAGAGGAAGAGGCAGGGGUACAUCCACGAGCUGAUCGUCACCGAGGAGAACUACGUCAACGACCUGCAGCUCGUCACGGAGAUUUUCCACAAACCUCUGCUGGAGUGCGAGCUGCUGACAGAGAAGGAGGUCGCCAUGAUCUUCGUGAACUGGAAGGAGCUCAUCAUGUGCAACAUCAAACUGCUGAAGGCUCUGAGAGUGAGGAAGAAGAUGUCGGGCGAUCGGAUGCCCGUGAAGAUGAUUGGUGACAUCCUGACCAACCAGCUUCCUCACAUGCAGCCGUACAUCAGGUUUUGUUCGUGUCAGCUGAACGGAGCCACGCUCAUCCAACAGAAAACAGACGACAACCCCGAGAUCAAAGACUUCCUCAAGAGGUUAGCCAUGGAUCCCCGGUGUAAGGGAAUGCCUCUGUCCAGCUUCCUGCUCAAACCUAUGCAGAGAGUCACGCGCUACCCUCUCAUUAUCAAAAACAUUUUAGAAAAUACUCCAGAGUCUCAUCCAGAUCACAGCCACCUGAAAGCAGCUCUGGAGAAAGCAGAGGAGCUGUGCUCGCAGGUGAGAACCCAACACGGGACGAUGUCCACGCCGCACAGUGAUAUCUGCCUGUGUAUCCCUCAGCAACUGGUGUUUAACUCAGUCACCAACUGUCUGGGUCCCAGGAAGUUCCUCCACAGCGGGAAGCUGUUCAAAGCCAAAAGCAGCAAAGAGCUCUACGGCUUCCUGUUCAACGACUUCCUGCUGCUCACACAGGUGACCAAACCUCUGGGCUCGUCGGGUUCGGACAAAGUCUUCUCUGCAAAGACGCACCUGCAGUACCGCAUGUACAAGACGCCAAUCUUCCUAAACGAGGUGUUGGUGAAGCUGCCGACGGACCCGUCGGGAGACGAGCCUCUGUUCCACAUCUCCCACAUAGACCGAGUUUACACGCUGCGAGCCGAGAGCAUCAACGAAAGGACGGCGUGGGUUCAGAAAAUCAAGGCAGCUUCAGAGCUCUUCAUAGAGACGGAGAAGAAGAAGCGGGAGAAAGCGUAUCUAGUACGGUCCCAGAGGGCUACAGGUAUCGGGAGACUGAUGGUCAACAUUGUGGAGGGGAUUGAGCUCAAACCCUGUCGCUCCCACGGAAAAAGUAACCCGUACUGCGAGGUGACCAUGGGCUCCCAGUGCCAUAUCACAAAAACAUUACAGGUAAACCAUCACAGGUCUGCAGGCAGGCGUUCAUACUUCUUGGGCAGGACAGAAAUCCGGUUAGCGGAAAUAAAGAAGGACCAGGGCUCUAAAGGACCAAUCACAAAGAGGCUGCUGCUCCACGAGGUUCCUACGGGAGAGAUCGUCGUUAGGCUCGACCUUCAGCUGUUUGAAGAACCGUGAAACCUGGACGGGGCCACGGCGGACUGGACUGGCCCUAAAAGGACCUGUAGGAGAUGAUGGUUUGGACUGGACAGCUUAGAUGGAUUAGACUGGACUGGACAGCUGGACUGGUCUCAAAUCUUUAUUUCUCCGCGUGUACAUCUGAGCUUUUUAUACCCAGAGAGAAAGCAUCAGUUAGCUAAGGGUAAAACGACGCCAUUACUAAACAUCUUCAAGUUUAAAACAAAAAGGAAUAACUUCAUGAAUUACCAGCUGGAGAAAGGACCUUCACAUACACACAAAAGCCAAAGUGGCUGAAAAUGUGUGUAGCUCCAUUUCAGCUCCUGAACAUUAAAGAUAAGCAGCAGUUGGGGUCACCAUGGCAAUCCUCACCGCCUCCAGUCGGUGCCUCCUAUCGACCUGCUUACACACCGUGGGUGGAGACUCUCCACAGCGUUUGUGCAGCAGGCGGAGCUCCUGUGAGUCUGAGGCCUCCAUAGUUAAAAGAUAGAGCAGACACAUGAUCCCAUGUUCUGCUUAUAGUCUCUAUAAGCCCACUAUAGGCUCUAGUGGGCUCGGUGUUAGAUUACAGAGAGGGUUUUUAGAAGAACUUCCCCCCUCAGUCGAGAUGAACAUUAUGCCUGAGAUUGCAUUAAUAUAUGUGAAUAAUACAAAUAUUAAUGCAUUUUUAGCCACUAAUAAUAACAUACAGUAUGCUGGGAUUUUUGCUUUGCAGCAAUCACACCAAAUAUGUGACACACUGAUAUAAAAAUAGAGAUGAAGUGGAGUAGGAUUAUAAAACGUUGAGAUUCUUAUCAUUUCUGGUUUAUUCAUUUCAGUGGAGAGGGUAAAUAAAGAGCUCAACAUCCAAAUACAUGUUGUUUUUCUGAGAUUUAUAGAUUUUAUUCAUCUAAAUUAAAUUUGUGUGGAUUUUUUUAAAUGUCACAUACACGUUCACGUCUUAAAUCCGGUGCUUCUGUGGUUAGAGAUUGGACCGUUUCAGCAGGUCUGUGCUGUGAUCUGACAUUUAAAGAAGCAGCUCGACGGGUUUUCUAGUCUGCAAAUGGUUCUCCAUCAUGUUGGUACCACUGAGAAGUGAAAAUCCGAGACCCGGUCCAGUCCAGUCCAGUCUGCUUGUGCCCCCUCCCUCCUUCGGGACCGGUCCACGUCAGCAUUUAGUCGAGUCUUGGAGAAGAUCAGUCAGGUCUUUCCUGUCUCCUCUCCCUCUGCUUCAUCCAGACAGUCUCACAAACACUCCAGCGACAAUCCCAGCCCUCCUUCUUUGUCCAACCAAACCCAGACCUUUAUGUGAGAGUGUGCGUUUGUGUGUCUGUGAGAGCGCGCGCGUGUGUGUGAGGCAGACGGCCGAUGCGAACGACGGUACGAGUGUAAAGGUGGACAGGCUAACUAAAAGCACGGUUUAGUCUCCAUGCGUUUUUUACACAGAGUCUCUCAGAGUCUCACGAUCAACUCGUUGGGCUUCGGCUCACGUGAGGGGACAUGUUUUUAUAAUUUCGCUCAGUUUGGACGCUCACCGAACGCUCGCCACGUUAUCUCAGAAAGUGCUAAAUAUGUACAGGUUUAAUGAGAAAUCCUAACGAUGCAAAAUAAGCUGAUAUAGAGACCCUGAUAUAUGAGUGGUGUAAAUACAUCACAGACCAGAUGUCCCCUUCACAUGCGUGUGUGGUAAUAAUGCUGAUAAUAAGACAGGGAACAGGCGUGAAAGCUGAUUUAAACUGAGCUACUGUAAAGAGGAAUGUCUUAACUGUUCAGGGUGUUUUUGUUUUGUUUUGUUUUUAUGUAUAUGUGGGGGGGGGCGCAGAUUUAGACGAUUUCUGUCACACAUCUGAACUCUGAUACGUUGCUGCUGUGUUGAGCUGUCACAGUGGCCGUCACUAUGCAGGGAGGGGAAACCCUGAGGGAUUUCGAGGGCCCGCCGCUGGACCGGGGCCCUCGAGCAGGCUCCGUAGGGCACAGAUGUAUUUUCUAGGAAUAGCAUUUUGACCAUUUUCACAGUUUAACCCUACGAAAAGCUCAGAGUCGAAACAACGGUACUGUGCGUCGGCACUCCCAGCACUUUGAAAAGCAGAUUUUGGAGCAGAGCAGGACGCGAAUCUCCUGGAUUUCACCCAGCAGCUGUUUUGAGUAAUCAGAGCAGGAAGUCUAAUAAAAAGAGGCACUCAAAGGAUGUGUUUUUAUUCAAGUCUUGUCAUUUUAAAGACAUUUUAACGAAGGUAAGCAAACUAUACUUGAGCUCAAAGGUGGAUCCCAGAAAAUAAAAGAAAGUCAGGAGCGAUUUUUAGAUGCAGUCGUUGGAUUUUCUUCUUAAAUGAAGAGAAUUUAAAAAGAAAAGAGUGAUCUGCGCUGACUGCUACCAUUUUUGUUCAGCAUAAGAACUUUAUAUUUAAAGUAAAGGCAAUAACUGUGACGCUGUAAUUUGUGGACUUAUUAUUGUCCAAACGAUAUCUUCUUUCAAAAACUGUCCCAAUGUUUCAAUUUCAAGCACAUUUUGAAAACGAAUACUUCUCUGAUCUUCCUCCUAAAGUUUCCUCGAGCUGAUUAUUCAAAACGGCGGCUGCGUUCGCCGACGAGGCCGCAAACAUCGCCUGGCUAGGUUGCUUAGUAAGAUUGUAGAUAAGUUAGUUAGCGAGCCACUCGGCUCGGUUAGUAAAUCUAGUUAGGUGUUUUAAUUUAGUGCCAAGUUACAGUAAUGUUCUAAAUUACCACGAAGACAACAGUUACCUUAGUGACCAGCCACUGUCCAAUCAGAAGUCGGCGAGGCUCGGCCAGCUUCAGCAGCUUGACUAUGGAGGAAGGUGUGAACGAAUGUUUGUGUUUCCCCAGACUGAAGCUGAUGAUGAUGAUGAUGAUGAUGAAGCUGUCUUACACCCCUCUGUACUGUCCUGCUCAGUACCCCCCCUCGCCUCCUCCUCUCCUCACUGUACUGAAACUAACCCAAUCCAGUUUGAACCUUACUGUCUACCUUCCAGGUUGUGUAUAAUACUGCUGUUAUCUGAGAGUUAAUAUAUGAGCGAUAAAGGCAGCCUGCUGUUAAUUAUCACUGUAGAAGAUGAUGUACGUUGUUGUCUUUCGGUGUUCAGAAUAAACUUCAGUUGGACCAAGAA